AUGGCUGCCGUAGCGGAAGAAGACGAUUUUGAGUUGAUUGAUGAUGCACACCUCAAAGACUUGCUAGCGUUUCCACCCGAGGUUCAACAAGCGAUCGACCAGGUACUUCCCAGUAACGAUCCUUUAGACAGACCUGAUUUCAAUGCCGUGGAUUACAUUAAUCAGCUGUUCCCCACUGAACAGUCAUUAUCAAAUAUUGAUGAUGUCGUCAAUAGGAUGCGACUAAAGAUUCGUCGCCUGGAUGAUGAUAUUCGAUACGUUGUUAGAGGUCAGACAAAUGCCGGACAGGAUGGGAGAGAGGCACUUGAAGAAGCGCAGAAAGCGAUUCAAGAGUUAUUUAGAAGAAUUAAAGACAUCAAAGAGAAAGCCGAACAGUCAGAACAGAUGGUUAAGGAGAUAACGCGUGAUAUAAAGCAACUGGACCAUGCCAAAAGACAUUUGACAUCAUCAAUCACGACAUUGAAUCACUUACAUAUGUUAGUGGGCGGUGUGGAUUCCUUAGAGUCACUCAUUAGAAAACGGCAAUACAGGGAAGUAGCCAAUCUACUACAAGGAGUCAUCAAUGUCAUGGAACACUUUGAGAAAUAUAUGAGUAUACCACAGAUCAGACAACUGUCCGAUAGGAUGAAACACAUCCAGAUGGAGGUAGGUCAGCAGGUCAUUGCUGAUUUUGAAGAAGCUUUCUCUGGACAAGGAGGAAAGCCUUUAGGACCAUAUGCCCUUUUAACUGAGGCCUGUUUAGUACUUAAUGUACUGGAUCCCAAAUACAAAAAAGACCUAUUGAAAUGGUUUGUGAGGCUCCAGUUACAGGAAUAUUUAGUGCUGUUUCAUGAGAACCAAGACGUUGCCUGGUUGGAUAAAAUUGACAGGAGGUACGCUUGGGUUAAACGGACACUGGUGGAGUGCGAAGAAAAGUUUGGCAGAUUGUUUCCCUCUGAAUGGGAAGUCAGUGAAAGGAUUUGUGUGGAAUUCUGUAAUAUAACAAGGUGA